GCGGGAGGAAGUGGCGGGAAAGUCAUGAUUGACGUUUUGCCACGUGACUGCCCAUAUGGUAGGCAAAAAACAGAGGGAGGGCGGGUUGGGAAAGUCGACAGGCAGAGGAGGAGAAGGAGAGAGACGAUGGGGUGGAGAAGCGCGAUCUCAGGUCUGCCACGUGGCAGCGCAUAUGAUAGCCGAAAAAAGGCGGAAGGAAGUGGCGGGAAUGUCGUGAUUGCCGUUUUGCCACGUGGCAGCGCAUAUGGGAAAGUCAUAUGGGGAAGUCGUGAUUGGCGUUGUGCCACUGGGAAGCCUGAUUUCCGUUAUGCCACGUGGCCAGCAUGGUUUCACUUGUGCCACGUAGCCAGCGUGGUCUCACUUGUGCGACGUGGAAGCGCACUGGACACCGAUGAGGAGAGAAGAAGAGAAGAAGAUGAGGUGGUGGGGAAGCGCGAUCUCAGUUGUUGCCACGUGGCAGCGCAUUUGACAGUCAGAGAAGUUGGGAGGAUAAAAGGAGGUGGGCAGGGCGUUGAUUUCUGUUAUGCCACGUGGCGGUGCAGUGGAGAAGCAGUGGCAGGGCAUUUGACAGUCAAAGGUGGGGAGGAGAGGAGGAGGUGCGGAAGGCGUGGAUUACUGUUAUGGCACGUGGCGUCACAUUUGAGAAGCAGAACAGCAGGAGUAGAGAUGUCACGAUUUCAGUCUGACCACGUGGGAGCCCAUGAGACAACCCGAGAAGAAGGAUGAGGAAAAAUUUACUCGAAAAGCGUACUUCAGACACGGGGGGUCACAACUUGUCUCAUGGACUGCCACGUGGCCAGACUGAAGUCAAGG